CCUGCAGUUCCCUUCAAACAUAAAAAACCCCCAUUUUUGCCUUUGCUCCAAAUUCCUCUUAGUUUUGGUUGUGAAAGAGAAGAGUAUUAUGGGUUCUGAAACUUUCGUAGAAAUCCUAUUAGCAAUACUUCUACCACCACUUGGAGUUUUCCUUCGCUAUGGCUGUGGGGUGGAGUUUUGGAUUUGUUUGUUACUGACCAUUUUGGGAUAUAUACCUGGAAUUAUAUACGCAAUUUAUGUUCUUGUUGGAUAGAAAAGGGAAGGAUUUAAAAGUGUAAUUUUGUGAAUCUCUGUUUUCAACUAUAGGUUUACAAGGUUGUUUUGUUUGUUCAUGGUUGUUUGGAUGUAAGCUGUGGUAAAUCAGUGAAGAAUAGACAUUUUUUCUCUU